AUGAGGGGCUGCUUGACCGGGCUGGCUUCCUCGUGGAGGGAACUUCUCCCCGAGCCCCAGGCCCUGGCUCAGGCUCUCUCUCUUCCUUCACAGCUGCCCAUGAUGGGAGGAGCGUUCAUGGACUCACCCAACGAGGACUUCAGCACCGAGUAUUCCCUGUUUAACUCGUCUGCCAACGUCCAUGCGGCCUCCAACGGCCAGGGCCAGCUAGAUGAGCCGCCUCGGUCCUCCAACGACGCCGUCUUGCUGUGGAUUGCCAUCAUAGCGACGCUGGGGAACAUCGUGGUGGUUGGAGUGGUGUACGCCUUCACCUUCUGAGGGAACGGGACAGCGACAGCUUCAGGUCGCUUGCUCUCAAUGAGCUCACCGUGGGGCAAGGCUUUGCAUGGGGCGCAGUCUUGCUGUUCGUCUUUGGCCACUCUCUUGUUCUAGAACC